UCGAAAGCUAUUCUUAUACCCUUAUUAACGCCACUGUUAGUUCCAGAUUAAGUUCCACACCCUAAGUGCCCAGGCAACAGUUUCAAAAAGUGAAGCAAUCUUCUUUCCACUUCUAUUCCUUCUCAGAGCCAAAUUUAGAUCCUGAGGCAUUUCUUACCCCUUGACGCAUGAUGUAUAUCCCUCCGCGUCAGCUCGAGCCAGGCCAUUACGACACCGUUCGACCCUAUCAACGAUAUCCUACUUUUGUCUCUUCGCCCGACCAAUCAAGCAUAUACGUCUUUGACGCCGAUACUGGACGCGAACCUCAUGUUUUCACAAAUAGUGAGCGAUUUGAAGAGCAUCUAUCAACCACCAAAAAGCCAAGAAAUCGGGUUGUAUCAAUAUGCUCUGUCAACUCUAUGAGACCACUGCGCGUCACCUUCAACGCCAUCCGACAGCUGAUCAACCAGUAUGAGAUCGGCCCUGCCUUCCUCGAUCUUGCGCUCUCGUUCGGCGAUAAACCACAAAGCUCGAAUGCCGGACAUGGCGGAAUGACAGUCAUCCAUCGCGACGAUGGUUCAUACGACAUCCAAUACCUCUUUACAUACGCCGAAGACUACAACGUAAACGGUCGGACCUCAUGGACCAUCCGCCAGGUGUGCGUGUUUCAUCGCUACGAUCCCUCGGGGUCGGAAAACCUGUGGAUCUUGCUGCAUGCGAAGUCGAAUUCAAAGCUGCAGCAACACGUCGAGGCGGCUAUGCGCACCCAACCAGGAAUUCUGCUUUCGGACUGGUUCUCGAUGCAUUCUUUGAUCCUGUCUACUUAUCUGCCGAGCUGGAGGUGGUGUAUUGCGAAGCUGGGUCAGGAGAUUGAGACGACUGUAGAUGCAGCCUUGACCUUUGACUCCUCAGAUACCGACGACAGCAAAAAGAGCCUUCUCGGUCUGCUGAAACCGCAGUAUCUCGGCGACAAGCUCCUCCCGUUAUCGUCUAGACUUGGCGUCGCUUUGGACAUUGUCCAGAGGCUCGAAGAAUUCAACACGGAGCUCAACUCGAAGAGUAUUACAUCCGCAGGAAACUUCCAGCAUGUUACGGACGAGACGAAAUACCAGAAAGCAGUACUGCAGGGGUAUUUGAACAGCAUCUCCGUGCUGGAGAAGAAGGUGCAGGGAAUUUCAGAUCUGCUGGCCGUAUCCCUCAACCUCAACUACCAAGCCGUGACCGUGGAAAUCAACAACAAAAUGCUGAAACUCACCAACGCUGCUAUCCAUGACAACGCGACCGUGAAAGUCGUGACACUGGUCACUCUGAUUUAUCUGCCGGCAAGCUUCGUCUCGACCCUUCUCGGAAUGAACCUGUUCGAUUUCGACGGCGGAAACGACGGCGGCGAGUUCACCAUCUCCCGACAGUUCUGGAUCUUUGUCAUCGUCGCUGUUCCGUUGACGCUUCUUACCCUCGCGUCUUGGUAUCUGAUCACCCAGCGACGACUGCGGUUGAUUCGGAAGCAUAAGAUUUCAGAUGCAGAGAAGGCCGAGUGAUGGUAUUAAUGAGUUUCUUGAUUUACGGGUGGUAUUUUAAGGCGGUUUGGCAGUUUAUAGACUUUUCGUUAGCUGGACUUUCGGCAGUAUCCGUUAAAUAGACAGUGCAAUACAAUGACAUUUACCAGCCUAGCCUGGA